AUGGAAAUCUCACAAGAGCUGGCUGGAUUGGAAACGCUGCGUGGAACUACAAAAAGCGAGGACUUGUUUGCGGCCGUCGCUCGGGUGCUGGAGAGGUACAAUUUGAGCUGGGAGAAAAUGGUUGGGAUAACAACGGUCGGUGCCCCUGCCAGGAUCGGUAGAAAAUCCGGCCUCGCCACACUUGUUGCUCAGAAAGUUGCACAAUGCAGAAGUAAGCUGAAUCAAUACCACUGUAUCCUCCACCAAGAGCAACUGUGUGCCAAAUCAAUUGGACUCGGAGACGUGGUGCGUGACGUCAUUAAAAUCAUAAACUGCAUACGGUCCAAGGCUCUUUCACACCGCCAAUUCAGGGCCCUUUUGGAAGAAGUCGGUGUGCAAUACAGCGAUGUGCUGUACCACCAAAAAGUUUGUUGGCUCAGCAAAGGGAAAGUGCUCAAAAGAUUUUUUGAGCUGCGCCAUGCCAUCGCAGAGUUUCUGACAACCAAGGGCAGUGAUAUCCAAGUCCCUACAGAUGACAGCUGGACAUAA